ACAUUUCAAUCCAAACGCCCAUUAAAUGCCAAAAAGAAGACAAAAGGUCCCAAAAUUGGUCUCCAAUUGACGGCAAAAGAAAGGAAACGAGUCUUCGCUUUGGGUAGAAAUGAUGUCAAAUACGAGACGUUUGAGAGAAUCAAUCAUUUGUGGCACAAAUACGUGGAUUCGUUGAUGAAUGAGAUUAAGUCGAAGAGCGAUGAACUCAAACUAAUUCGGGCCGACUUUCACGGCUCGUACUUUAUAGUGACGGCUGCGAAGAACCCGACGUUAAUCGGCGUUAAAGGGUUUGUCGUGAAUGAGACCAAAAACACGUUCAAAAUCGUUAAUAAAGAGAAUCGACUCCUGACGGUUCCAAAAGACGGCACAGUCUUCGCCUUCGAACACAAGCAGAAGAUUUUUAAACUCAAUGGAUAUAACCUGAAGAUGAGUUCACACCACAGAUCAAAGACAAAACCGAAACUCAAAAUGAAUGAGAUAUUAAUCGAUAUGUGAAUAAAUUGUUUAAGAAUUGA